CCUGCAGCACAAAGACUGAAGCAGAGGGGUCUCAAGGAUCUCCAACAUCUCUACUCAGCAGAAUGAAAUACGCACAGUAUGUUUUCCUGGCCUCGGUCUUCUACACUGUUGAAUAUAGCCUAGCUCAGACCUGUGCAGUGGAGUCUUUCUCUGUCAAAGACAAUUUUGAUCCAAAAAGGUACGCAGGGAAAUGGUAUGCCCUGGCCAAGAAGGAUCCAGAAGGCCUUUUCCUUCAGGACAACAUCUCUGCUGAAUACACUGUGGAGGAAGAUGGUACAAUGACGGCAUCCUCCAAAGGACGAGUGAAGCUUUUCGGUUUCUGGGUGAUCUGUGCUGACAUGGCUGCUCAGUACACAGUACCUGACCCAACCACUCCAGCAAAAAUGUAUAUGACCUACCAGGGACUGGCCAGCUAUCUCUCCAGUGGUGGGGACAACUACUGGGUGAUUGACACUGACUAUGAUAACUAUGCCAUCACCUACGCCUGCCGCAGCCUGAAGGAGGACGGCUCCUGUGAUGAUGGCUACUCCCUGAUCUUCUCGCGCAACCCCCGUGGCUUGCCCCCAGCCAUCCAACGCAUUGUGCGCCAGAAGCAGGAAGAAAUCUGCAUGUCUGGCCAGUUCCAGCCUGUGCUUCAGUCAGGGGCCUGCUAAAAGUAUGCUUCUGAUCCUAUCCUUAAGCACAGAAACCAGACCUCUUGGUCUUGAAGUUGCCACUCAACUAAUAAUAAUUAAAAAAUCAUAGUAUGGAAUAGUGUGUUUUUCCUGAAAAACACAUGAAAAUAUUGGGGGAUCUUUAAACAGUGUGCAAUAUAAUAGCGAUAUUUGAAUUUUCAAGGAAAUACCUAAUGUGGCAUUUGUCAAUAAAUGUUUUUGAAAAAAGUCA